UAGUACCUCAAAGUUGCAUAUAGGUACCAAAUGUACCAUAUGGUACAUAUUAGGAACUUAUCAUAGGGCCCAUCGAUAGCUUGGGACCAUUUUUUUCUGACCGUGUGUGUGCAUGUAUGGUACCAGAGUAGAUUUUUGUGUUAGGGGACGAGACCCUUUCAGGGGUCCUGGUAUUGUAUUUGAGUUCAGCUAAGAGCAAACAUGAAGCAAUUCCUCAGUUUCAUGAGCUGUCAUUUUAAAGUGGUCCAUAGUGUUUUUUUUAUCUUGUGGAGUAUGUCUCCUUUGCAUGUUUAAACAAUAAGAGAAAUAAAAUGAUCUUGUUGCGAUCUCUAUUUAAAGACAUUUUUUAUUAUUUGAUCAUUACUGAUAACAAAUUAACAAUUGAUCAAUUCAUAAAAAGCUUCAUGCAUUUCGCCAUCAUAUGGUUGUAAAUUUGUAGCCGAAAAUUUAAGUGACCCUAAAACCCUGAAAGUGCAGGGCAGGAAAGGGUUACACAUUUUUUUAUUUGAUUUGAUGUAUUGUCUGCAGCCCCCUCCCACAAUCCUCCAGUAGGAUUAUAGUGUCACUGAGGGUCUUUAUAAAUACCCCACGUCCUCUCUCUAUGCCCCAUUAGAGAGGUUGAAAGUCCACAGGCAUUGGUUAUUUUUGUCUAGCCAUGUCCUUUUAUUAAAAAUAAUCUAGGAAUUUUACAUAGAUGCAGAGAUCAUUUGCCUGUUUCACGUUUGAUGUUUUAUGACAAAUCCUGAGGUGAGAAAUUAACAGGGCAGAUGAGUUGGGGUGUAUGUUAGAAAGGCGUUUCAUAGUUUAUAAACCUUUGUUUGUUGUGUCCACCCACAAAAAUCAAAGGUACAGUAGACUGAUCUAAGAGGAAGCUCUUUUUGCUAACUUGGAGGUGCUUUUACCUUUCCAUUCACAUCCCUCCAUUUUUUGAGAUCACCAUUACAACCAUGUGGGAAUUCCGGUCCAUGUCUUUUUGGCGGGCUGUAUUUGCCGAGUUCUAUGGCACGAUGUUUUUUGUGUUUUUUGGGCUGGGAGCAGCUCUCCGUUGGACCACCGGACCACUCAAUGUGCUCCAGGUCGCUUUCUGCUUUGGGCUGGCAGCUGCCACACUCAUCCAGUCCAUUGGCCACGUCAGUGGUGGCCACAUCAACCCGGCCGUCACAUUCGCCUACCUGAUCAGCUCCCAGAUGUCUCUCUUUCGUGCAUUCUUCUACAUCUGUGCCCAAUGCUUGGGUGCGCUAGCCGGGGCUGCUGUGCUGUAUGGAGUCACGCCAAACAAUGUCAGAGGCAAUCUGGCCCUGAACACGCUUCAGCCGGGCAUCAGUUUGGGCAUGGCCACCACCAUAGAGAUAUUCCUGACUCUGCAACUUGUGGUCUGUGUCUUCGCUGUGACGGAUGAGAGAAGAAACGGGCGACUAGGGUCUGCAGCCCUGUCCAUUGGCUUCUCAGUGCUUAUGGGUCACCUGCUAGGGAUAUAUUACACCGGUGCUGGAAUGAACCCUGCCAGGUCUUUCGCCCCUGCUGUGCUUUUAAGGAACUUUAUAAACCAUUGGGUGUACUGGGUGGGCCCUAUGAUUGGCGGUGCUAUGGGUGCUGUGGUCUACGAUUUCUUGCUUUUUCCACGCAUGCGUGGUUUGCCUGAGCGGCUGGCUAUGCUCAAGGGCAUCCGGCCACCUGAUGCUGAAACCCAACAGGAGAUCCGAGUGGAGACUAUCGAACUCAAAACACAAGCGCUAUAAACAUUUACAGGACAAUUAUGCAAAACACACAUACAUUGAUCUCAACACACCGUUAACAUACCAAGUGAGUCUGCCUUCCGGGAUAACAGCUUCCCAAAAACUAAGACCCUAAGAAAGCUUCACACCGAAGACUGCAUGCUGUACCCGCAGGUAUAGGGAACAAGUUAGUGACCGCCGAACCGGUGGAUGGCACUGCUCAUGGCAUCCACUAUGGGAAUCUGUCAUUACUCAUUGAGUGAACUACAGUAUAGAAGUGGACUUCUGCAUGCUUUACAGUUUCACAGUGUUUAAAUCUAUCACACUCAUUUUAUUUCAGGUUUUGUUUCCAUUUUGCAACAGUUUCCAUGCUACUUACAGUCUUACAUUAAGAAGUUGUUUUUGUGCAUGUGUGUUUUUAUUCUGGCAAUUUCCAGUUUAGUUCUUUUUCAGAAGCCACCAUGUGUUUGUAUCAUGAAUGAACUCUUUAAACAUUUGGUUUCACAGCUAAAAGUGGUUUUUCGAUUCCACCAUGAGUCUGUUUCAAACUGUUUAACUGUGGCAUUAAAGCCCAAUGUGUGUUUCUUUAAUAGAAUCACAGUCUCUUUAUAUUAAGAAAUAAACACAUGAAAGUUAUUGAUAUAAUCUUUUACCUGAUACAAACACUUGACCAAACCCCUGCCCCUCCCCAUAUCAUUUUCAAACUUGAGUUAAAUACCUCCAGAUUUAUUCAGAGAUGCACAAUGUUUGAUAUUUUU